GUUUAUUUGGGCAAUGUGUGUGUGUGUGUGUGUCCGUGAGCGUGUGACAGAGAGCAACAAGAAGAUCGGAGAACAUUGAAAUUUAGCAAACAGAAAUACAGGCAGAUUCACAGAUGCUUUGCUGUAUCUGUCAAUUCUACGCUGGCUUUUGAAUGGGAUUUAUGAACUGACUGAACAUAGGAUUCGUAUCUCAGAGAUGGAGAAGCUGUUUGCCAGAGCUCUUUAUGACAACAUAGCCGAAACUGAAGAUGAGCUGGCUUUUCACAAGGGUGACAUCAUCGUGGUUCUGGAGAAGAACGUGGCGGAGAGCAUCGGCUGGUGGAAGUGUGCUCUUCAUGGGCGUCAGGGCCUGGCACCGGCGAACCGCCUGGCUCCGCUUUCCCCAGCAGAGGCUGAGAAACUUUGCGUGAACAAACAGAUACAAACAGGUACAGAGAGGGACUGCUUGACCAACCACUCCAAUCAGAACAUCUAUCAAACCCCAAAAGCUAGAAGGACACCAGCGAUACCGAUUUAUGAAGAGAUGAGUACGAUAUAUAACGUGCCACUUCAAGCCGCCUCUUCACCAGAUAAGCACAAGGCACAAAAGGAUCUAAGAGAAACCGGGUCUCCUCAAGUCGGUUUAACUGCCAGACAUGGUGCCGAAAUAUAUGAUGUCCCAAGCCUGGUGAGAAAACCCUCGUUGUUCACACCAUCUAUGCUGCAGCCUUUGGAAACGUCAAACACAGAAUUUCAUAAUAGAUAUGAACAGCUACAAAGUAUGAGAUGUCCGACUGCAACCAAGAAAAAGACAGAAACCGAAUCAAUUAUAUUUUUGAAUUAUUGUUGCCAAAUUACCCCGACGACUUCCCAAGACCCCAAUUAUGACAUCCCAGUGCCCUCCAUCAGUGAGGAAACUCAAAAGCCUCUUUGUGGUUAUAGUACCAUGCCGAAGCCCUGUAAGUCUGAAUGGAUUUAUGACGUGCCUGUUUUCCCACAAAAACAAGGAUGUGAUACUUGUUACUAUGGCACCAUGCCACCCAAAACUAUGAAUUCAAACAAGCCCCUUUAUGACACUUUGCCAAAUCACAAGUGGCCUGAAAAGGCCAGGCACAGCCCCAUUCAGCCCCUCUAUGACAUCCCUAAACCGAGCAAUGCAGUGGUGCAGUCUUGUACAGAUAUUGGGGAUGCAACAACUUCAUGCAUCUAUGAUGUCCCACCCGGUCUUAAACAAAGAGAGAGCACUGUAGUGUUACAUAGAAAGCCAAGGCUUCCAGAAACAGACUCUAAAAAGAACCGUGAAUCUCUUGAGUACAGUGAUAAACCUGGACCCAUGCACGACCAACUUCAUCAUUGGCCCUCAAGGGGCAGAACGAUGUCCAGGCAGCCUGGGACAAUUAGAAGGGAUGACGAGGACAACAAAAACCACCAGAGGAGCUCAACGCUGUCCACCUCCUCCACAGCUUCCAGUUCUUCCAGGAGCUCAUGCGACUCCUUCAUGUUGAGUUCUCCUGAACCUGAGCCCUUGCGUGAGGUCACACUUUCACAGGAAGAAGCCAGCAACAGGUUGCUUGAGCUGCAAGAAGCAGUGUGCCAAACUGUGCCCAAGCUUAUGCUGUUUGUCAGCAGCCAGUGGAGAACCAAAGAACAUCUGAGUCAGCACCUUCAUGAGAUCCACAUGGCCACCAAAGAUGUGACUGACUCUGUCACCUGCUUCUUAAACUUCGCCUUGGAUGUCAGAGGUAACGCUCAACGGCUGACAGACUUUAACCUGCAGACCAGGCUUCUGAAGCAGCUCUCUAUGCUCGUUGAGGACUCGGGCUUGAUCCUUCAGCAGGCUGCAGGGACUCUGCAAGAUCUGGGCUGGCUCCUGGACACGCUAGCUCAGGAUGAAGGCCAGUCGCAGACGCCUGACCACCUAGAGCGCUUUGUUAUGGUGGCUCGAACCGUACCAGAGGAUGUGAAGAGGCUGGUAUCCAUCCUGAAUGCAAAUGGAAAGCUUCUUUUCAGAGUCCCGGCUAAGGAAACAGUGGUGGACAACAUAGACCAUUAUGAGAGGAGAAGUCACAGUAAAAGUGAACCGAUGGUAGACUCAGGAAUAGAUGAAAGUGACUAUGUACAACUUCAGACAAAGACAGAGUUCAACCAACAGCCAAAGCCAGCAAAAAGCAGUUUUAAAUCAAAGAAGAAUGGCGAUACCUUGAAAAAACAGGUUUCCAAAUCGCAGUCCGUUAACCCCUGCAGUCCACUCCAGACCUCCAGGAAGCCUUCCAUCUCUGACCACUGCCGGCUGUUUGGAGCUAUUCAGAAGGCCAUCAGCGUGUUUAUAAGUAGCCUGGAUGAUGGCCAGCCCCCCGAAAAGUUCAUCUCCCACAGCAAGCUGGUCAUCAUGGUGGGCCAAAGACUUGUGAACGCUCUGUGUAGCGAAGCUAAAAAUCGAGAGGCCAGCAGGGAAAUGUUAUCUAUGAGCAAUCAGCUGUGUGCCCACCUCAAGCAACUGGCCAUGGUGACCAAGAAGGCAGCUAUGAACUUCCCAGACACUGCUCUCCAGGAGGUGCAGGACAUUGCCAAAGAGUUGGCUCAAAGGCACAACUUCAGAAUGUCACUGGACGUCUGAGCAGCAGUUUGCCAUCUGUCUGCCCAGUUUAUCGUGUGGAGGUGGUCUCUUGAAGAUAACAUGGUAUUUGUGAAAUAUCUCAAUUUGUGUGAUUUGUAUGCGAGUCUAAACCAGCCACCCUUAAAACAAGCUCCUAUUUUUGUUAGUCUGGAUGAGGAGGCACUGUUAAAAGUAACAAAGAGACAUCUUAUAAUUAUGACCUCAGAUAAUGACAUUGAUGUGUUUACAUGCACAACGGUAUGCUGAUGUAUAAACAGCAGUUAAGGUGUUUACAUAUAGAUAUUAAAGAGGUGUUGCGAUCAGGUUUUGCGGUCACAGUAGUACCAUAUAAAAGAACAUUGUUUGAAGUGUUUGCAUGGAUUUGUGUCGUUGUUGGGUUAUUAAUCAAUAUUACUGUAUCAUUGUGCAUGUAAACACAUAAAGCCAACGCAGAAAACGUGCUAGUUGCUGCGAAGA